AUGUCGAGGCAACCCCGUAACCAGGGAGCGUCGACGCAGGCGGCCGCGACUCGGCAAAACGAAUACUUUGUGCCGCGCGAUGGCAUCGACCGUGAGGUCAUCUCGGCUGACAUCUGCCGCUACCUUGGCAAUGAUGCCUUGGUGCGGCCAGGUCAUUAUGAGAAUCCUCAAACCGGUCAAGUCGUCCAAGGAUACUACAUCACCGCCUAUAGAAACCUGACAACCGCCAUGAUCGAAGACUUGAAAGCCGAUUCGGCGCGCUGGGAUAGUGAAAGGCGUGCGCAAACUUCGCGCAAUACCCCUGGAGGUAUCCAUGCCUCGAGAGAUGCCACUGGCGUUCCUGCGAGACCUUCAUCUAACUCACCCGCAGUCCAAUACCGCUACUCCGAGACCCAUCAGUCCCGUCAGCACCAUGGGCCAACCGAACCCCCUUUCCAGUCAGAAGCUUAUCCCCGGGAAUCCUACGAUGGACCAAGAUAUCCCGGAACUGGUACUCCUGGGUAUUCUGGUGCUUCUAACACAUUCCAGCAACAAGCCCCCCAACAAGCCUAUGGUGCCUCCAACGGCGGCGGUUUUAAUACCGGCUUCCAACAGUCGCAACAAUCUCCUACUCCGGACCCAAGAUUUGCUACUGUCCCAGCCGGUUCAAUGAUGCGUCCAGGCUAUCAACCAACCCAAGAUCCUCCAUACAUUGGCACUGGCGCCAAUCUUCCCCAAUCUGGCUACACUGGUUCAAAUGAUCCUUAUUCAAACCGGAUGGGAACUUCUGCUGCUGCUCCCCAGCAACCGGUGUAUUCCACGGCACCACCGCCUCAACCCGGAUACCCAACCCCUCAGUAUCAGUAUCAAAACCAAGGUCCUCCUCCUUCGACAGCCGGCGGCCAUUCCUAUCCGGCUAUGCAACCCCAUGACCCAUUCUAUGGUCGAGGUGCGUCAAAGCAGAGAUCAUGCGAGCCCAGCUCGCCAAAACGGCCCCGCGUCUAA